AUGCAAGAAUAUUUGAGCUUCUUUGGUUGGCUCUUUCUACCGCCGUUGGCGACUUCGUUUGUGCAAAGGACUUAUUACGGAAUAGUUUAUUCGAAUAAUGCACCACACCCACAAUCGCCCAAGUUUCGAAAACAUUACAAACGAAUAUAUACCAUCGUUGUAAUAUCGUAUUUGGUGUAUACCAUAUUUGCAGCGAUAGAGUCAAUACAGCCAAACUUUUACGAGAUACUGGGAGUCAAGAAAGAGUUUGAAGCGAAAACUCUUAAAACACAUUUCAGGAGACUACAGCUUCAAUACCAUCCCGACAAAAACCCAGACGCGGAAGCACAAGCGACGUUUAUACUGAUUCGAAGGGCAUACGACACGCUCAUGGAUCCAGUUCAAAGAUUUGCAUAUGACCGCUUUGGCCCAGAGAUAAUCAAAUGUGAUUAUUGUAAAACAACGCGCGAUUUUCUGUCUAAUGGUUGGGCCGAAUUUGGAGCAUUCUACACUGGUACAGGCCUGUUGCUGCUCAUUUUUAAUUUCCUUGGUAAAGGCCAGUUUGGACGAUUCUGGCGGUUUGUCGCGUUUUUUGGAGUAGCCUGCAUGGAAGCCUCGAUGAUUCUCCAUCCUAAAUCCACUGCAGAAAGCUUCAUGUCCGUGUUUCUACGUAACAUGCCAGUAUUCGAGCAGAUACUCGUGUUAAGACGAUUGUGCGUGGCGAUCUUUCUGGCGCUGUCUCAUGUUGGACCGAUAUGGUUUCCCAGCGAAGUAGCAGAUAUACGUCAGGACUUGCAGAGAUUGGAAUUAAUAAGCAAGUCGGCCUUACAAGAGGCUAGUGAUUUGUUGGUUGAUGGAUUCGAGCCGUUCCGGAAAGAUAACACGGCACAAAAAAUGUUAAAGAGGAAGAUGGAGAUGUAUGAAGUGAAUGCACGCCUGAACUCGUAUUCAGAGUUUAAGAACAUGUAUAACGACGUACGGCAGAGGUUAAUGACAAACAAACGAAAGAAUUAG